AUGGCUGCGUACAACUGCAACUGUGACGGCCGACCGAGACUCCUCCUCCCCGAGUCGCGGUCCGAAGGAGACGAAGAGAUCGUUUUUCUUCACUGCAACGACGCGCAACAAGCCUCGAUGAUGACUUGCGACGGUUUGCUCUGCUUCACCGAACGAGAUCGUGUCAUCGUCUUAAAUCCAUCCACCGGACAACUCCAGCGAUUCCGCUUCGGCCCAAAUCCAGUGGCCUCCAAAAGUAAAAAAUCAAAACUUUCAUGUGUCAUGGGAUUCGGUAGAGACAAAGUUAGUGGGAGCUAUAAAGUAGUGAGGAUGUUCUUUAAUUCUAGCUUCCAUUGCGAGAUUCUUGAUGUCAACAUUGGUGAAUGGAGGAAACUGAGUCCACCUCCUUACGAGGUCGACGUGGGAACGGAGUCAGUGUGUGUGAACGGGUCAAUCUACUGGUUAAGACUUGGGCCGUAUUUCAAUAUACUAGCCUUGAAUCUUCACACACUAGAGUUUCACGACGUAUCGCUUCCAGAUACGUGUUUCACGUUUGAAUCCCAUCUAGUGAACCUUGAGGACCGUCUAGUCUUAGCCAAAUCGAAAACUUGGGGUGGAUGGGAACUAAUCAUAUGGAUCAUGGAUGCAGAAGAAGAAAUAUGGAGCAGCAUGUACUCCAUAAGUUUAGCCGACCUAACUGGUAACCCAUGGGAGACAACUUGGUUCAGGCUGGUGACAGUUUCUAAGUUAGGGGAUGUUGUCUUCAGUGACAAUCACAAGAGAUUGUACAAAUAUUACCAAGAAACAGCUGAGAUUCGUUGUCUCUCCUCAGAUAUUUGUGUUAUAUCUCCUUACCUCGAGAAUUUGGUCCCGAUUCGGUCAGAGUCAGGACGACGUGAUUUGUACCCGUAUAUCAGGACAUCUAGAUGCAGAUUUUUAGACAGCUGCGGGAUAUCCACAUGGAACCCAUCUAGGAUCUUUGAUAUUGCAUUUAUCAUACUAGUUGGGUGUGGGUGUAGCUUGAUGUACAAAAUAAUGGGAUAA